AUGGGAUCUAUUUUUCGUAUUCAAUCCGUUCAAGAGCUCAGUAGUGGAACAUGGUGUGUUAAAAUAAUACAAACUGCAGAUAAGGAUGAAGAAUUGCAACGAUUAGCUGAGCAUAUGAGAUGUCAAAUUGGUAACCCAACUACUUUAGAUGCUUUUGGACAACUGAUGGUCAUCAUGGGUGAAUAUAAGAAAGGUUAUCAGUUUUAUCAAAUUUUACUAAAUGAGUCUUUACAGACGACUUCAACUCAAGAAUCUAUUAAGCAAUAUUUUCUGCACACUCGUAUAGCUAGCCUGCGCUUUGCAGAAAGCAAUUAUUCUGAAUCAUUAGUUAAUUAUCAAAAGGCACUUGAAAUUCAGCUAGAAUAUUUCCCUUUCCUUGACGAAUUACUUGCUGAAACAUAUAAUAAUGUUGGAGUUGCACAUCAAGGCUUAUGUCAACAUGAUGAGGCACUAACUAAUUUUAAAAAAGCGCUUGAAUAUCAAUUCAAAUGUGUUUCUUUGAAUCGCCAAAUUGUUGCAAAAAUUUACGGAAACAUUGGAAUGGUAUAUAAUCAUCAAGGUAAUAAUCACCGAGCUUUAGAAUAUUUGGAGAGGGUAACUAAUAUUCAACUAAAUUGUCUUCCAUCAAACCAUCCCGAGACGGGUUACACUUACUUUAAUCUUGGAAAUAUACACGGUGAGAUGGGUAAUUAUUCUCAAGCUUUAACUGCUUUGCAAAACUGUGUAAAUAUUUUGCUAAAAUAUUUUCCUGAAAAUCAUCCGGAAAUGGCAUUGGUAUACAUCAGUAGUUCACUUAUACACUACCACUUUAAGAAUUAUUCAGAAUCGCUAAUUUAUGCAGAAAAGGCGCUUAACGCACAGUUAAACUCUAUUCUGCCGCACCACCCAGAACUUGAAAUGACUUAUACUAGUAUUGCACAUAUUUACAGUGCUCAAGACAAUUAUGUUGAAGCAAUGUCUUACUUACACAAGGCACUUCAAAUUGUACAAAUACAAUUUCCAUCAGAUCAUGUUAAAGUUGGUACAGUCUACGAAUUUAUUGGUAAUGUAUAUCAUCUGCAAAGUAAACAUUCCGAGGCUUUAACUUAUUUUCAAAAGGUACUUGAUAUUUGGACGAAGUGUCUUCCUUCAAAUCAUCUAAAACUUGCAGAAAUUUAUUAUAAAAUUGGAUUUCAAUACGAAGUUCAAAGUAUCUAUUCCCAUGCUUUAACAUACUACGAAAAAGUCCUUAAUUUCUAUUUAAAUUAUCAUCUGUCAGAUCGAAAAGAACUUGGAAUGGCUUACCGAAAAGUUGCAAUCGUACAUGAGGCGCUAGAUGAUUAUUCUGAAGCAUUAUUCUAUAAUGAGAAAUCACUUGAAAUGUAUGAGAGAUGUCCAUCAGUGGAUAGUUUAACAGUAAUAGCCGAUAUACAUGCAACUCUGGGAUAUAUGUACGGUGAAAAAUCGGACUAUGAUCGUUCGAUCAAACAUUAUAUUAAGAGAUUGGCUAUAGAACAGGAAAUACCACAUAUCAAAGAUGACGAUCAGACUACUGCUUUAUAUCAGAAUAUUGGGCUCUCUUAUUUAAAAAAGCACGAUUAUCAUAAUAGUAUAGUUUACUACAUAAAAUCAUUACAACUGCAUGACAAAUGUUUAACGUCCGAUAAUUUGGAAGGAAAACUGGACGUGCAUGUUAAUCUCGGUUAUCUAUAUGCUCAGUUGUGCGAAUAUGCAACAUCAAUUGAACACUUCACAAACGCAUUAGUCAUUCUAGAGGAAAAAAUGGUUCCAAAAGACUUAAUUAAAAUAGCACAUAUACAUAAUUCAAUUGGAUGGUGCCUCUGUUUGAAAGGUGAUUUAGAUUUAGCUAUGCAAUUCUGCGCUAAAUCUUUGUGUGUAUUGGAAAAAUAUUUCCCAGCUAAUCAUCUUGCGUUUUCAGGAGUAUUUAAUAGUAUUGGAAAUAUUUAUUAUCGCAAUGGAGAUAAUAUUCAAGCUCUAAACUAUUGCAAAAAAUCGAUGAAUACACUUGAGACUGAAGCAUCAGAAGAAUCUGAUUCUACGCGUGCGGAAAACUAUGAACUUCUUGGUAGCAUUAGCAAGAAGAACAGUGAUCAAUGGUUAGCAAAAGAAUAUUAUAUAAAAUCAUAUGCACUAUUCAAAAAAAUGUUACCUAAUGAACAUUCCACUAUUCAACGCAUCAAAAAGGCUAUUGAUGAACUUAGUUAA